AUGUCUCAUCUUUUGCAUAAAUUUAGCGAGAAAUUAACCGGCGAUGACGGCCGUGACCAGGAGGAUACUAGAGUUGACGAAUACGGCAACCCUCUAAGCCCUCAACAACAAUCCCACGGGCGCUACACUGACACUGGAUCGAUUGAACAUCCUUCCGGCAGAGGCAAUGACUCUUCUAUGAGUGGUGGUUCAAAGCAAUAUGGCGGAUAUGAUGACGACAAUUAUAAUGGCAGGACAACAAGAUCCAAGGGAAAGAGCUCUCAAAAUAACAGAGAUCAUUUCGACGAAUAUGAUUAUGACUCUUCGGACUUGCGUGACUCUUCAACUUCUGGCGGGCGCCAAAAGACAACUUCAACUUCAGGUCAAAUGGGAUUCGGGUCUAAUGAUUACCAACAACGUUCUGCGACCGAGCAAGGUUAUGGAAAUCAAGAACAAUAUGGAAGUGGCGGUGGUCAGAGUUUUGGUGAUAACAAUCCUGCCAACACCCACAUUCCUGGUACACCACCCAGCGCCAGAGCAGGCUCCGGAGGCUACGGUGGAAACGCUUAUUCCAAGCAAGGAAUGGGUAGACAAUCAGGUAAUUCAAGAUCUGACCAAACUUAUAACAAUGAUAGCAGUUGGUAA